AUGGUCCUGAAUACUAAGGAAGAGUUACGUACAGCUGAAGGCCUGAAUAGAAAACUUAAACAUGAAAAUAAAUUUAUAAGUAGCCAGUAUCGGAUAUUACUGGCAGAAGAGGAACACUUACAUGCAAAAAGGGACGAGGCGGCAACAGACCUUGAACGAUUAUCCAGUUGGCUGGAUGAAAGACUUGAUGUUCUGUCAAAGCGUGUGGUGGAGGAGCAAAACUUGGAGGAUGAAGUUGAGAGACUCGAAGAUAUCUUUCAAAACGCUAAGGAUGCCUAUGCAAGAGAACUAGAGAAUCUAGAGCAAUGUUUAAAGAGAGAAAGUGAGAUGAGAGCUUUGCUUCAGUGGAAACAACUUCACCUAGCAAAGAAGAAGGAGGUCUUGUGGAUAACAGAGGAGAGAUUCAUGAAUGAAAUGAAUGUAAGACUUGAGACUGGUAAAAAACGUCAUGCUGAGCUAAUUGCAAAGAAUGAGUAUUUCCAAAAAGAAAUUUUGCAGGCUGAAGAACAGUUCAAACACCUUAGUGAUGAUGUAAAUAAAAGGGAAGCUGAAUGCGAGAAGUAUGAAAACAGCUUAACAGAAGACAUACAAUGGCUUGAGGAUGAUGUCCAAGCUAAAACUGAAGAUAUAUAUCAAAAAGAACAACAACUAAUUCUGAGCAUCCCUCUCAUAGAAGAAAGACGGAAAGAGUUGGAAGAGAAGCAUGAAAAAUAUGAAGACUUGAAAAAAAUAGUCUCAGAACUAAAAGAUGAUGAGACAAGACUGACAAAAUCCAUUGAUCGGUCAGUCAAGAUGAUUGGUAAACUCAAGAAGAUCAUGGCUGAGCUGAAGAAUGAAUUAAGAAUAAAGCGUGACUUGGCAUUUGACCAGUUGAAAGAUCAUACGGAAGUUCUGAAGUUGCUAGAGAGGGACAUCUAUGAGGUCGACAGGAAGCUCGACAUUGUGAAGACAGAAAACUGCAGACUGAAAUUAUGCAAUGCACAGAUGAAAGCGGAUAUUUUGACAAUGAACCAUGAAGCCGAAAACCACAAAUCAACAACAAUAAAAAUUCUGAGUGAUCUGACAGUCCUUCAUCAGCUUUUUCUGAAGGGAUGGUCAGAGGACAGUAGCAUUCAAAAGGAAUUUGUGGAGAAUGAGAAGGAAAUCCUGGCUGCAAUAGCAGAUCUUGUAAUGAAACUUCAUCAGAGAGAGAAAAAGAUUGAUUGUAUUAACAAAGGGCUACAAAAUAACUUUGAUGGACUGGAUUCUUUGUUAGAAAGUAAAUCCAGCACGGAACCCAAUGUUUCUGAAGGAUAGAAUAGUG